GGAGCUUACGUCACAGCUGACGCUUCAGCAUGCGGAAAACUAUGCCGAUACAAGAUAUUGUUUUAUGACUAAUAAUAAGUGUAUAGAGCACUGUGUACCAGAAAUCGGGGACUGCAGGUAUUUAUAAUUCUUUUGCACUAGGAAAUGUUUGUAUGAUGAUUUAUGCAACAGUAGUUCUUGCAAGUUUGACAAAAACUGCGAAAGUGAUAUUUUUCAGUUAUCAUGGUAACCUAGCUGUGGCAAUAAUAAAAUGUUAGACAUGCAUCCCUGUUGUAUAGAGUUUGUAAAUAUCGCAAAGAAGUAACACAUAAAUCAAUCACAUUUGUACAGUCUACGUUUGCACAGUCGACAACUAUAUUCAAAGCCGCAUAUAUUCCUCAGUUUAUGUUGUAGAAUCUACGUGAAAAAGAGAGUGUGCAGGAACACUGAUUCCAGAGCUGAUCCAGAAAGAUGGGCGUAACAGGACUGUGGCCAUUUUUGUCCGGAUUGGGAACCGGGCAGUCUCUGUCCAAGUCAGCAGGGAUGACCCUUGCAGUAGACCUCAGUGCAUGGAUAUGUCAGGCCAGGUCUGCUAGCACUGCAGUCAAACAGUCUCCACGCUUCUUCAUGAUCAGAACCAUCUUCUACCGGACAAUUGAGCUAUUGAAGUACGGGGUGAAGCUGGUGUUUGUGCUGGAUGGUGAGGUUCCCAGGCUCAAGCAGGUGUGUCUUCACAAACGCCAAACUGUGCGCGGGUUGUCAAGAGCAACCAAAGCCGGAACUUCCUCGGACAGGUCACACUACAAGGAGACGACUAAAGUGGUAGUGGAGCUGCUAGAGAGUCUCGGUCUGCCAGUCAUCCACAGUCCAGGGGAAGCAGAGAAGAUGUGUGCCUUUCUCAACUCUACACAGCGGGCUGAUGCUGUAUUGACUGAUGAUGGUGAUGCCUUCUUGUACGGGGCAGGGGUCAUCAUGAGGAAAUUUGAUAAAUCAGACACUUCAGCUGUGAGAGUGAGCAUGGCUGAUAUUGAAGGGGAGCGCGGCCACACAAGGAGGAGCCUGAUUGGCUUCGCCCUGUUGUCUGGGUGUGACUACAAUGAGGGUGGGGUGAAGGGGGUGGGGCCGGAACAGAUCAGGACAUUGUUCGAUGAGAUGAGGCGGCACUGCACUGAAGACGAAGACAUACUCCACAGAAUCCUUGGAUGGAAAGACAACCGUAGUCUACUAGAUCUUGCUGAGAUGAAGAAAACACUUGACUGUUCCAAGAGAGAGACCCACUGCUCCAGGUGUUGUCAUACAGGAACAGUGACAAUUCACCAGAGUAAAGGAUGUGAAGUGUGCCAGACAGAGUGUGAGUGCCAGCCUGAUAGCGGAGUGCCAUGUGACUGCACGUGGCACCACCAACAAAGGGAGAUAACUCCAUAUGGAGAGGAACUGAGAGUGCGAGACAAGGCCCUGGAGGACACAACAUUUACAGAACUCAGUGAAAAAGUUGUGAGGGAGUUCACUGAAGUCAGCCAGGAGCGGAGGAUGAUGAUGACAACGUCCGUUAACCAGCAGCGUCUGUGUUUGGAAAAGUUAUGCCAAUCAUUGAAGAACUUACUUCACAUGGAUAGCACCAAGGUGAUCACAACAAUGAUCCCAGUGUUGGCAUAUAUGCAGCUGAGGGAGGAAUUUGAUUGGUCAGGAUUUAAGCCAAUCAGCAUACAGAAGGCUUGUCAGAGGAACUUUGUGGAUUGCUAUCAGACAGUUUGGUCAAAGUUAGAUGAUGACCGCUGGACCACAGGAGAGUUCUACACUAUUGAUGUGGAAGAGAACCUGUUCCAGACAAGAUGCCCAGAACUUGUCUCACGUUUUGAGGAGGAAUUAGCUAAGAAGAAGGUUCCUGUAACUCCUGGCAACCAGUCAAGUAUCAGAGAUAUGCUGUUGACGCCAGGACCCCUAAGGAAGAAAUCCGAAGAUGAAAGACUAAAUGAAGACACUCCUUUGAAACCUGGUUACAGUUGGCAGAAGGAAAAUGUCAACAAGUGCAAGAAGAAAAUUGACUUUGAUACAACAAGAUUGACAUCACAGCCUAUUCAGAAGAAAAAACGGGACUCAUCAUCUCAACAACAGAGGCAGGUGUCCAGUCAAACAGCUGUAGAUGACGAUCAACAACAGAGGCAGGUGUCCAGUCAAACAGCUGUAGAUGACGAUCAACAACAGAGGCAGGUGUCUAGUCAAGCAGCUGUAGAUGACGAUCAACAACAGAGGCAGGUGUCCAGUCAAACAGCUGUAGAUGACGAUCAACAACAGAGCCAGGUGUCUAGUCAAACAGCUGUAGAUGACGAUCAACAACAGAGGCAGGUGUCUAGUCAAACAGCUGUAGAUGACGAUCAACAACAGAGGCAGGUGUCCAGUCAAACAGCUGUAGAUGACGAUCAACAACAGAGGCAGGUGUCUAGUCAAACAGCUGUAGAUGACGAUCAACAACAGAGGCAGGUGUCUAGUCAAGCAGCUGUAGAUGGCGAUCAACAACAGAGGCAGGUGUCUAGUCAAACAGCUGUAGAUGGUGAAGUAACAUCUUUCCAGCAAGACACUGAGGAAGGGGAUAUUUCCAAGGGAAAUUCAAAUGACUCACAAGACAGUAGAGAUAACAAACAAAGGUCCAAAAGUAUUGGACGAAAAGAAUCCGCUGAAGUGGUCAGCAGCUCUUGUCUAUCAUCUAAAGAACAUUCCAGGGAUGAAGAUGAGUGUCAUUCCUUGAUAUCUGAGGAUCUGUUCUCUGAUAAUGAUGAUGUUGAAGGGGAAGAAGUGGUCAUUAUUGUAAGUGAUAGUCAAGACUCUGACAGUGGUGGCACUCUGAGCAAUGGGGCAAGACAGCACUUGAAACCCAUGCCAGUGGGGCUAGAGGAUCCUGAGUCCAACCCCCGAAGUGCAGCCAGUGAUGAUGUAAUGGUAGUGAGAAGCAGUGACUCGGCCCCGGACCUGGCACUUGACCUGGACAGUGACCCAGCUGAAGCUGCUCCUGAAGCUGGUCCUGGGUGCUGCCUUGCUCUUGCAGCAGAAGAAACCAAUUCCACCUCAGAGGAUGAGGCUGUACCUAACAUUGAUGGAAAUUCUAACACUUCUGUUAUUGUGCUUGAUUCAGAUUCUGAUUCAGAUGUUGAGAGUGUGACGCUUUCUGGAACUGCAAGGAAAAGGACAAUUUCCGGAAUUAUGCGAAAGCCUGCUAAGAAAAGUAAAAACACAAUUAGAAAAGAACCUGUGAAGAAGCGGAGUUUGAAAGCAAAUCAAACACGAAUAUACAACUAUUUCCCAUCUAAAAAGGGAACAUAGUUCAGAUCUGACUCUAAAAUACAAAUAAAACAGACAAAAUCAAAUGGAAAAAUGUAUAGCAGCAUAUUAAGUGGAGGAAAGCAUAUUUUCACACCCAAGUUAAACCCAGUGAUUCUAAACUGUCUCCUUGGAAUUAAGUGUCCAUGAAUUCACAACUAAACUUUCCAUAUGAACAAAUACUCAGCUCAAUGAGUAAAAGUAUAGUAAGGAUAUUCAACAGAUCCAUACAUAUGUAUGUUAUGGUGCUAUCAUUCUAAGUGAUACUUGAAUGAUCUGACAGAGUUUCAGAGGAGGUCCAUCUGAGGGGUAUGGUGAUGUAGUCGUCAUAGGCGCCCCAUUCUAUGUACUAGUGGUAGAGCAUCUGCCCGGAGAGUAGAAGGUCGGAGGUUUGAUCCCCUGAACGCGUCAUACCAAAAGACGUUAAAAUAUGGUGCUUGUUGUUACCUUGUUAUUAAUGUUAAACUGUGGCAUGGAAUGUCAGUGGGAUAGCACUAUAAUACCUGGCAUAAGCCCGGACUUGUCCAAGCGUCCACAAACUCACAUGCAUGUCACAUUGUUAAGUGCAAUAAUUUUGUAGCAUUCAUUAAACCCCAUUUCCUCUCACUUCUUGCAAAGAUUUUAUUUCAGUUAUGUUGUCUUAUGUAUAAUAAUAUCUUCUUUCGCAAAACAUUCACUGACAUUGUCAGAAUGCCAGUAUUAGCAUUUUAAUGCCAUUUGUUAAGGAUGUUUUUGAACAUUAACUUACAGAGGAAGAAUGUAUUGGUCCUUUUAUUCAUUUGAUGAAUGGAUUAGUCUUUACAUUGAAAAACGCAUGUUGUAUUUUUUGAAUAUCCAUGUGUCCAUAUUGGUGUUGAUAGACCUAUGUAUGGCAUAGUGAUCAGUUUAAACAGUAUAAUAUUGUUGCCAGGUUGUGGUUUUAUUCAUACAUUUGCUCGUUUCCAUCCACACAGAUGUCCAUAUCCAUGUUAUACUAAUAGGAUUAAUGUGGCUUAAUACUGGGACAGAUCCAUGAAGAUCCCGGUUAGAAUUGAUCGUCAGCAACCAUUGCUUGGCCCCAUAUGAAGAUCCAGGUUAGACUUGGUUUCAGCAACUCACGCUUGUCAUGAG